AUGGACUGGAAGAUGGAGCAGGAUGAAUAUCGUCAAAUGCGACGGAUUGCAUUCCUUGCAAUCGUUGUUUCAACUACUGCCGUUACCUCAGCAGUCAUUACUUUGCCGAUGCUCUACGGUUUCAUUCAGACAUUAGAAAAUCAUUUGUUACAUGAGACUCAUUUUUGCAAGUCUCGAUCAAGGGAUAUGUGGUCCGAAAUUACGGCACUACAGAUUGGCAGAAAGUUUUUCAGUCGAAUAAAAAGGGAAUGGUCAUUCGGUAAAUGGAUGUCGGCUAGUUUUUACGAAGAUACUGGUAGUAGUGAUAGUUUCAGUGGUGAUAGCAGCAGUAGCUAUGGCUCAGUACCAAUCGAUCCGGUAUUAAAUGGCAAUUACUAUGAACAAUGCUGUACAUGUCAUACGGGUGCUUCAGGACCUCCCGGUCCUGAAGGUGAGGAGGGGAAAAAAGGAAUGGAUGGAUACCCAGGAAGAAAUGGGAAACCGGGAAAAAAUUCGAAAAUUUUUUCGUCUUUAACAAAUGAGAAUAUAGAGGAACAAGAACUGUGCAUGGUUUGUCCAGCAGGUCCUCCGGGACACCCGGGUCCUAUAGGCCCUAAAGGACCUCCAGGUCCUAAAGGAGCACCUGGCAAUCACGGGGAUGAUGGCGAAAAGGGUGAAGAGGGAUUAGCUGGACAAGCGGGACUUAAAGGUCGACCAGGACAGUCCGGGAAACCAGGUACGCGGGGUAUACCAGGGCGAUUAAUCCAUAUACCAGGACCUAUUGGCCCCGACGGGCCGAAAGGAGAUUUCGGUGAUCUGGGUCCAAAGGGUGCACCUGGUGUAGAUGGCAUCUCUUACCCAGGUCCACCUGGUGAACCAGGUAAUGAUGGCAGGAAUGGAGUGGAAGGCAAGCAAGGCUUACGCGGAAUUUCGGGUCCUCCAGGUGAAGAUGGCCAACGAGGCAGUUGUGAUCACUGUCCAGGUAAAUAA